AUGACUAGCUCCCAGCUUAGGCAUCGUUUGGUGGUCAUGACCGACCCUGCCAAGGAUUAUCACAAGGUGAGGUUUGUAGAUGAUUUAAAGGGCAUAAAAAACACUGAAGUUACAAUUAUCGAAAUUGAAAAAGUCUCCAAAGGAAAAUCUACCUUCCCACAUGACUUUGAAUACGUUCAUCUUCUAGUUGGAAAUGAGGAAAGAAAAUGGGAUCCAUUGACCAAAUUUAUUGACUUCCUUAAGGAUAAUUUACACUUGCUUACCGACAAAACCAACGUGGGCUGUCACAUUUUUUUCAAGCCGGGGAAGAGCUGGAAAGAUCACACUGCGACUGAUGUGAAGCAAUAUAGAAAGUUCAUGUCAAGUCUAGAAGAAAUUUGUGGGCCUAAGGUAACUCACAUGUCCUUCAUUGACAAGUUCGAUAAUGAAGAUCUAGGCCCUAAGACUGAUGCAGAAAUUAAACUGGAUAUUGAACCUUGGAUAAAUUUGAAACUUUUAGAUUAUACCAAUAGCAGUCUUGAUGGAUUUCCCGACAUCAAAUUCCCAGAGACAUUGGAAGUUUUGAAUAUCAGUGGUGACUACUUCUUGAGUCUGUUGGAUAAUUUCACUUUCCCAUCCAAAUUAAAGGGGUUCCAGGCUGCAGAAGGCGCCCUUGUUUAUCUCAAUAGGGUAAACUUUCCAAACUCUAUCGAGACCUUGGACUUACUGGGCAAUAAAAUGUAUGUGUUGGAUGGCAUCUUGUUUCCCAAAUCCUUGACAGAUCUUGACGUUUCUGCAAACAGAAUCGAUAGCCUAUCGGGUGUCAGGUGGCCAGCAAAGCUUGAAUCACUUAGCAUUGCAAUGAACCCUAUCGAAAGCUUAAAGGGUGUAGUUUUUCCUCCUCUGUUGAAAAUCUUGGAUGCUGGAUCUAUUCCUAAUGAUGCAAUGGUUGGUGUCAAAUUUCCCGAGCUGCUUGAGGUUUUGAAUCUCCAAUCGGCAAUGACCACCCCUCGUGGAUUGAAAGUACCCUCAAAUGUCAAGACUUUGGUUUUGACAGAAGAUGGUGUUACAAGUGUCAAUACAUUGAAAUUACCAAAUGGAAUCGAGACGUUGUAUUUAAACAGAAACAAGAUCAAAACUUUAAACAAAGUUCAAUUCCCUACAAACCUUAAAGAGUUGUAUUUGGGUGACAAUCUUUUGACUACUUUGAAGAAUGUCGUGUUCCCGGAUACUUUAGAGGUACUUGAUAUCGAGAAUGAUCCUGAGUCUUUUGACAAUGAAAAGCAAAUUAUAACAUUGAGGGAUGUGACGCUCCCACCAAAUUUGAAAGUUUUGAAGCUUGGCUAUCAAGGUAUUAGAAUACUCGAGAACUACGAAUUCCCUGACAGCUUAGCCCACUUGAGUUUAACGUACAAUGACAUGAAAUCCAUAAGGAGUAUUAAAUUUGGAAACAAUUUGAAAAUACUCGACUUGAGUGGUAAUCCAGAGCUUCUAUCGCUUGAGAAUGUUAAAGUCCCCGAAUCUGUCACAGAAUUGCGUGUCCCCGAAGAAAUGGUUCCUAACUUGCCCGCGGAUGUUGUUGACAGAGCCAACAAGGGUAGCCUCAUCUUGAAAAAGAUUUACACCGACCUCAGUGUUUAUGAGGGCCCCCUUUUUGAAGAGCCUUUCGGGAAUUCCGCUGGUGAGGAUAUACAAAAAACAUCAGAAAAGAAGAGACAGGAAAGAAUCGCCAGAUUUGGAAAAGCUGAAUAG